CCAUACUCCUCCCCACACUAACUCAUGCUUCGCAACCUCGUCCCGCGUCUCGCCACUACCGCCGCUACCGCGUCAAGGACCGCAGCAGCUGCCACAGCCCGUCAGGCCUCGUCGACGCCGGCUGACAGCGACCCGGUCAUCGUGUCGACGGCCCGGACGGCCGUGGGCACCUUUGGCGGCUCGCUGGCAUCGCUCACGGCGCCGCAGCUGGGUGCGGCAGCGGCGUCGGCUGCUCUUGCUCGCGCUGGCCUCUCGCUCACUCCGGCCGACGAGAAAAAUCCGGUGACACAGGUCGCCUCGGAGCCGUUUGCCAUCGACGAGACCUACUUUGGCAACGUGCUGCAGGCCAACGUCGGCCAGGCGCCGGCCAAGCAGGUCGUCAUCGGCGCCGGCCUCGGUGUCGGCGUCCCGUCGACGACGGUCAACAAGGUCUGCGCCUCGGGCCUUAAGGCUGUCAUGCUCGGCGCCCAGGCUAUCCGCCUCGGCGAGGCCAACUUUGUCCUUGCCGGUGGCAUGGAGUCCAUGUCGCAGGCCCCGUUCUACCUCCCGGACUCGCGCUGGGGCUCGCGCUACGGCCACUCCAAGGCUCUUGACGGCAUUGCCCGCGACGGGCUCUCCGACGCUUACGACGGCUCCAUGAUGGGCGUCUGCGCCGAGGCGUGCGCUACUGAGCAUGGCAUCUCGCGCGCCGCCCAGGACGAGUACGCCACCCUUUCGUACCAGCGCGCUCGCGAGGCCGCCGCAGCCGGCCUCUUUGACCAGGAAAUCGCGCCCGUCACCGUCAAGUCGCGCCGCGGUGAGUCGGUCGUCGACGAGGACGAGGAGCCCGCAGGCAUGGCCCUCGACAAGCUCUCUUCGCUCCGUACCGUCUUUAAGAAGGACGGCACUGUCACCGCGGGCAACGCCUCCAAGAUUAACGACGGCGCUUCGGCCCUCGUCAUCGCCUCGUACGGCGCCGCAAAGGCUGCAGGCCUCACCCCCAUCGCCCGCAUCCUUGGCAUGGGCGACGCCUCCAUGGAGCCCAUCAAGUUUACCGACGCUCCUACUCCGGCCAUCGAGCGCGCCUGCGCUCGCGCCGGCGUCGCCGUCUCCGACAUCGACUACUUUGAGAUCAACGAGGCCUUUGCCGUCGUUGCCCUCUGCAACGCUCGCCUCCUCGGCAUCGACGUCGAGUCGCAGCUCAACGUCAACGGCGGCGCCGUCGCUCUCGGCCACCCCAUCGGCUCCUCCGGUUCGCGCAUCCUCGUCACCCUCGCCUCCAUUCUGCAGCAGCGCGACGCCUCGCUCGGCGUCGCUGCCAUUUGCAACGGCGGCGGUGGCGCGUCUGCUGUUGUCAUUGAGCGCAUGUAAGUGCCCCAACAUGGCCGCUCUCCUGCCCGCCUCGUGGCUCGGGCCUGCGGGGAGAGUAGCCCUGCUCAUGCCCUCAUGCCCACUGUUUCCGGGAUGGAACAACCUGACGUUACACGCCCCCCCUUCCCCC